CAUCUUUAGGAUUCUCUCCGCGUGCCGUAGUCCUGGGUUUUCGCCGGAGCCCCGCGCCCACCCGCCUCUGAGUCCUGGAAAAAAAGGGUGGCUACCUCCGCCCUGCAACAUCCCGGAAAAUGGGGAGCAAAGCCCUGCCGGCGCCCAUUCCGCUCCACCCGUCGCUGCAGCUCACCAAUUACUCCUUCCUGCAGGCCGUGAACACCUUCCCCGCCGCGGUGGACCACCUGCAGGGCCUGUACGGUCUCAGCGCCGUGCAGACCAUGCACAUGAACCACUGGACUCUGGGGUACCCCAACGUGCACGAGAUCACCCGCUCCACCAUCACCGAGAUGGCGGCGGCGCAGGGCCUCGUGGAUGCCCGCUUCCCCUUCCCGGCUCUGCCCUUUACCACCCACCUCUUCCACCCCAAGCAGGGAGCCAUUGCCCACGUCCUCCCGGCCCUGCACAAGGACCGGCCCCGUUUUGACUUUGCCAACUUGGCCGUGGCCGCCACGCAAGAGGAUCCCCCUAAGAUAGGAGACCUGGGCAAGCUGAGCCCGGGCUUGGGGAGCCCCAUCUCCAGCCUCAGUAAAUUGACUCCGGACAGAAAGCCCUCCCGAGGGAGGUUGCCCUCCAAAACGAAAAAAGAGUUUAUCUGCAAGUUUUGCGGCAGACACUUUACCAAAUCCUACAACCUGCUCAUCCACGAGAGGACCCACACCGACGAGAGGCCCUACACGUGUGACAUCUGCCACAAGGCUUUCCGGAGGCAAGAUCACUUGCGGGAUCACAGGUAUAUCCAUUCCAAAGAGAAGCCCUUCAAAUGUCAGGAGUGCGGGAAAGGAUUUUGUCAGUCUAGAACUCUAGCUGUUCACAAAACUUUACAUAUGCAGGAAUCUCCACACAAAUGUCCCACAUGUGGAAGAACCUUUAAUCAGAGAAGUAAUCUGAAAACUCACCUUCUCACCCAUACAGACAUCAAGCCCUACAGCUGCGAGCAGUGCGGCAAAGUGUUCAGGCGAAACUGUGAUCUGCGGCGGCACAGCCUGACUCACACCCCGCGGCAGGACUUCUAGAGAAGCCCCGGAUCUGUCCGGGCCGCCGCCGCCAGCCCCCACUCCCCAGACACCUCUCCAGCCUCCCACCCGUGGGGGUGGGGCGCCCCCAACCCUUCACUGACCCCAGCUCUUCCCCGGCUGCAGCCGCACCUGCAGCUUCAGGGGGUUAACUCUCCUUCCCCAGGACUGAGAACUGUAGAAAGCCACACAAGUACAUCCUUUCACAAAGCGCAUAUGCUAGUUUCUUGUAGAUAUUCACAGCUCAUUUUAGAGCUCUGUACAUAAUGUCGAGGGUCUCUGUUUUGUUGUUUUGUUUCGUCUGUUUUUGUACCUUGUUGGAUGCACCUAGGUAUGGGAAAUGGAAGCCAAAUUUAUCUUUAAAGACUGUAUUUUCAAAAUAAAAUGUUUUCUUGUUCGUUUCAA